AUUUUAUUCUACCAUUUCUUCUAUUCUCUCUUUAUAUCUUUAUUCGACAAUUCAUGCAUUCAUUCCUUUAUAAAGAUAUCCAGUCAUUUAGUUCUUUAUCUAUUCAUCCUCGCGUUUAUCUAUUGAUUUCAAGCCGGAACCUAAAGUACCAAUGAAUUGGUUCACAUGGAUAGCCUUGUUGGCGGCCUUGCAGAUUGUUCACCAGGCACAGGCAAGAGCUGUGUUUGCACACUUUAUGGUGACAAACUCGGAAAAUUACACGCUCACCGACUGGGAAAAUGAUAUGAAGCUGGCUCAAAGCGCGCACAUUGACGCCUUUGCCCUGAACAUGGCAUACCUCGACAAGACCAAUGAUGCUUCCGUGGCAAUGGCCUUUACUGCUGCUAACGCCGUUGGCUUCCAGCUUCUCUUUUCCUUUGACUAUGCUGGCAACGGGCCGUGGGACCAAGCGGUUGUGAUUAACAUGAUUCAGCAGUACGGGUCAAAUGGGGCAUACUACUUGCACGAGGGCAAACCGUUUGUGUCAACUUUUGAGGGUCCAAACAGUGCUGCAGACUGGGUCACUAUUAAAGCACAGACAGGCUGUUUCUUUAUGCCGGACUGGUCGUCUGUGGGAGCUAAGCCGGCCAUGGCCCUGGCGAAUGGGGUGGCAGACGGCCUGUUCAGCUGGGCUGCCUGGCCCUGGGGCAACCGAACAAUGGACACCUACACCGAUGCAUCGUAUAUCCAGUACCUUGAGGGCAAGCCGUACAUGUUUGCCGUAUCCCCAUGGUUCUACACAAACCUUAUAGGCUAUGACAAGAACUGGAUCUGGCAAGGUGGCAGCCUGUGGUUCGAUCGUUGGCAGGAGCUGUUUGCUCUGGACCCUAUGCCCGAAUUUGUGGAAAUCAUCUCUUGGAAUGACUAUGGUGAGUCGCACUACAUCGGGCCAAUUCGUGAGUCCUCUAUGGCGGCCUUUGAUAUUGGACAAGCCCUCUUCAAUUAUGCCGUGGACUUUCCCCACGAUGGCUGGCGCGAGGCGCUUCCUUUCUGGAUUGAUCUAUAUAAGAAUGGAAAGGCCUCCGUGACCCAAGAAAAGGUCGUCUUCUGGUACCUCCCCCAGCCGGUGGCAGCAUGUCAGGACGCGGGUACGACUGUGAAUACCGCCUCCCAGUUGCAGAUUGAAUUCGACCCUAAGGAUGUUUUGGAGGAUCGAAUCUAUGUCAUGGCCCUGCUAGCCGACUCGUCUCACGCAGUAUACGUGGUUAAUGGGGGACAUGCAUCAUAUGUCUCAUGGGACUCGAAGCCAGACGACGAAAUCGGCGCUGGGGUGUACUUUGGCAGCGUGCCGCUGUACGAAGGCGCGGUGACAGUGACUCUGAUGGUCAACGAGGACCAGGCCUUGGGCGAGGCCAAAGGACUUGAGGUAUCGAGCACGUCCUGUCAGGGGGGCUACAGCAAUUACAAUGCCUGGGUGGGCAGUUUUGCCAGCAUCAAUGGGGGUGUGAGUCGCACGACAGAGGUUGUCUUGUCCGAUCAGGUGUGUAUCCGCGGCAAGGGAGCGUAUGACUUUGAUGAUCUAUGUAGCUUCGCCUGCUCGUAUGGGUACUGUCCCGUAGGAGCAUGUACGUGUGAGCAGAUGGGGGUGGCGCGCACGAAGCCCAAGGCGACAGGCACCACUGGCUAUCCAGCCGAGGGUAAGGACGCCAAUUACGCCGGCCUCUGCAGCUUCGCUUGCAAUUACGGCCAUUGUCCUUCCAAGACAUGCGACACCACCGAGCAUCCCAUGCCGGUACCAACGGUCUCUGACUUCCUCCCACCUGCCUGUAUCGCCGGAACCGGCCAAGGCAAUUACGCGGGACUUUGCUCGUAUUCUUGUGGCUUUGGCUACUGUCCGCACUCCCUCUGUACCUGCACAGCGACCGGAGCGCUCGUGCAGCCUCCAGCGCAGACGAAGGGCCACGGUAUUCCAGCACUCGGUCUUGAUGGCGGCAAUGGCUUCGACGAUCUCUGUGACUUCACCUGCACGCGAGGAUAUUGUCCGGACGGAGCAUGUAGGUACAAAGACGACCAAGUCUCGACCACAACCAUCAACCCUAAGUGGAGUACCGAGCCAGGACAGACUUGCACAGACGCUCAGAAGCAAGUCAUUGUGCUGGAACUGCAGAAUGCUAUCCAAAUGGCCAAGGCAGCUGCCUCGCACUUGAGCCUCGGCGGAUACGACCAGAUCUUCUUCGGUCAAGGCCCUGCCACAGAUGCCAGCUUUCUGUCUGACACCGCUCAAACUUAUACACGAGUGGCAGAGAUUCUGGCCGGAAACGCGGUCAAGCUUCAUCCCGUGCUGACCUGCGAAGAGACGGUCAAGUGUCGGAACCAGGAAGACAAGCAGGUUUGCUCCAUGAACGCAGCCACCAAGCGGAUCAAUUUCUGCCAGAAGUUUUUCAACGAUCCACAGAUAUAUGCCACUGAGGAUCUGCUCGGUCAGUGUGACACGAUGAAUCUACGCGCCGCUGCACGAUCACGGUCUUCUGCUCUGGUUCAUGAAGCCACCCAUUCCAAGUAUGCUAUGCUUGGGAAACCAGGGACUCGAGACUUUACGUACGGAUUCAACGCUGGAUAUCUGCUUCCGCUUGGAAAAUUUGACCGGCGUUGUGCUCCUUGGGCAUUCAAGAUCGAUCGGAAAACCGGAAAGAGAACUCCCAUAGUGGAUAAUCAACGAAUUGAGUGCCCCACCACGAACUCCGACGGCAAACUUGAUGAAGGAAUAUGUCCUCCCGAAGCUGCAACCAAGAAUGCCGAAUCGUAUCAGUUCGUCGCGGCGGGCGUCUGGUUCACUCAAAAGUGCGGUCACACCAUUCCCACGCCACCGCUGCCCCCCAUUCCAGCCAAGCGCGCAGCCACAGACUCGUGCCCUUCCUUUGAUGACUACAUUGUCUGGGAUGCUAAUAGCUGGAACAUCACCGGAUACGUGCACUUCGGUGAUUCUUACGCCGCGGGCUUAGGGACCGGCUCUACCUCCUGGGACUCCUGCCGCGUGGGAUCCUCCAGCUAUGGACAGCUCAUAUACGACGCACUGGACGACAAGAGCAUCUUCUUCCAGAAUCUAGCAUGCUCGGGAGACAAGAUCUCUGAGAUGCGUGGCAAGCUCAAGCAAUGGAAGAACAUAGAAGACACUAGCUUGAUUACGGUGACGAUUGGCGGCAACGAUGUCGGCUUUGCAGACAUUGUCAAGCACUGUAUUCUGAGAUAUCUGGGCAUGCCGGCUUGGUGGGAUAGAUGGUGGUGCCAGCGUUACAAGACGGCCGCUCGAAAUCUGAUAGCUGACAAAAGCGAGAAAGGGCUGCAGGCCCAGCUACGAGAUAUGUAUAUCGAGAUCAAUGCACCGGUUGACGUCCACAGCACCACUCGAAUCUGGGCUCCUGGAUACCCCAAGUUUUUCAAUGCCGAGACCACGUACUGCAACGACAUCGAUUUCAAGUACUGGGGUAGCAAUGAGGGAACAGACACUCAGUUGACCACGAGCCUCCGGCAGGAAUUGAACGAGCUCGUCGACCAAGUAAAUCAAGUCAUCAAGGAUGCCGCCAUGGACGCCAACUACCGCUUGCAUGGCUGGGCUGUCUUCUAUGUGGAUGUGGAUGCACGCUUUGAGGGUCACCGAUGGUGUGAGAAUGGGGUGAAAGAGCCAGACCCUACGAAUCCCGCUACCUAUUUCUUCCUCAGUGGCUGGCCCGAUGUGACGGAGGCAAACGCCAUACAGCAAGCCUCCACGGACGAUAGCAAUUAUAUAAACAGCCUGCAGGGACAUACAAGCCUGCCACUGCCGGAUGGCACCACCUGCAACAGCACGCUUGGGGAUAGUCCUGAUCCAGUUGAUGUUUACUGGUGUGACGUGGCAGUAGCAGUCGUCAAUUAUCCCGAUGGACCUAUGGCGCAGCUUGUGGCCCAGGCCAACAACGACAUGACUGACGGUAACUACACGGCCGAGAGUAUCAACAUUCUGCUCCCUAAUAAACAGAUCAAAACGUUCCAUCCUCGGAGUGCCGGUAUGGCUCUGUAUCGUGAUGCUGUCUUGGAUUCGCUAAGAGGCAUUUAUUGAGAGCACUUUAUGCAUGGCAGCGCCGACCGUCCCUUUCCU